UACAAAAGAGCUCCGUAAAAACAUUUCUAGAAAUAAACGCCGGGUACAAAGAUCUUAAACAAGAGAAAAUUUCGGUGAUCUCUGCCAUCCAAAUCUAAGAGAAGUCUUUUUUUUUUUUUUUUAAGGCUGUCAUUGCACCUGCCAGGACCUGGCUCCUCAGCAGCGAUGGAAACUAAGCGCGAGAGCGAGCGAGCCAUUGGAAGACUAUGUGAAAAAUGUGACGGCAAGUGUGUAAUCUGUGACUCCUAUGUGCGUCCCUGCACCCUGGUGCGCAUAUGUGAUGAGUGUAACUAUGGCUCUUACCAGGGGCGCUGUGUGAUCUGUGGGGGCCCUGGAGUCUCGGAUGCCUAUUACUGUAAGGAAUGCACCAUCCAGGAGAAGGAUAGAGAUGGCUGCCCCAAAAUUGUGAACUUGGGGAGCUCUAAGACAGACCUCUUCUAUGAACGCAAAAAGUAUGGCUUCAAGAAAAGGUGAUUGGUGGGUGCCCCCUUCCUCCCCACAUCAAGCUGCUGCAGCUACCAGGAAAGAUGCUCACUACUACCAGCAGAGAGGGAACGGAGCCCAGAGCAUCGCCGGAAUUGCCUGCUAGUGUCCCAUCACCUUGACACCCCUACUUUUCCCCUCAUCCAGACUUGUUAGGAAUGGAAACACCCUGGCAGACUAUGCAAGGGAAAAAUAGAUUGUUUUUUCUUGAAUUUGGGAAGCAAGGCUCUGUUCUCCACAGGAAUGUGUUCUCUCUACACCAAGACCUUCUAGAAAGGAAUAUUUCAGCCUUCUCUUUAAAGGACUUGACUAUAAAGCACACACAGUGGAAAACACGUUCUUGCAGCAGCUCUGAUGGCAACUGUACUUGAGGGGCCUUCAGUGUGUGGUGGGGAGCUACCAGAAUGUUAAAUGUGGGCAUUAGGCUUGUACUGCUUACCAGGGGGUGCUGCUUUCAUGUUACUUUCCUUCUAAGAAAUUUGAAACCCUGUCUGUUGCUAUUAUGUUAAUAAAGUUGUGGCUUAUUUUCUGACA